CUUAUCUUUUCUUUCUUCUCUUCUAUAGCCCUAUUGUACUCAUCUCCACCUUUUCUUCCAUCCCUGUCCCCAUGUCCCGUCCUCUGUGUUUGUGUGUUUGUGUGUUUGUGUGUUUGUGUGUGUGUGUGUGUGUGUGUGUGUCUGUGUGUGUUGUCUCUCCACUGUAACGGUAAGCAGCUCUGCUCUUGAGUUGUCAGCGUUCUUUCGGUUGCUCCAUAAAAAUACAGCCUGCCACAGCACAAAAGCUGUCUGUUGUAGCAACAGUGGCUGUGGCAUUGACCACACCGCAGCGACCACCCUGCAAGCAUUAUUGGAAGGACACCUCUGGCACUUUGUGUGUGUGUGUGUGUGUGUGUGUCCAAGAUGAAUGGCGAUGCCUUUGCUCAGCAGAUCAUCCUUAACCUGGAUGACUUACUCAUGGCCUGAGCCCUCAGACAACACACACAUGCACAAACUAGUUUAUUGCAGUUUUAUGCUCUGGUGUAGGUCUGGUUUUAUUAUGUCUAACCUUGAUGAAAUAACCCCAAACUUAAUUUACUGUCCUGCUUUGCAAGUGUACUAACAACACAAACUCUCUAGGUUUAACAAGUCUUAUUUUUUAAGCAACAACGUCAACAAUCCAUUAGUUCAAGCUCCUGAACUGUGAACAGAUGCUAUUUUUCUUUAUGUUUUAUUUUAUUAAACUCUCCAGCCAAACAAUUUGAUCAUUCGACUACAUGGUUCCACCAAAGAGAGGCAGAUGAAUUGAUAAAGAGAAAACUACUGCAUCGUAUCUGAAGCUAAGACAAUGGCCGACAUAAAAAAUAAUUACGAGGAAGCUUCUAUACCGAUUAUGGAUAUAGAUACUACCGUUUGUGCACCUGCAGCAAUUCCAUUUGCUAGUUAUAUCUAAGACAUUUUAAUUAUGUGUUGUGAAAUACGGAAUAAAACCUCUGAACCAUGCAUGCUUGUAUUCAUAUUCUUAAUUCUCCCACUGUGUUGAUUGUUGUUAAUUGUUGUUUAUGUUAUUGUCUAUUGUUGCAUCGCCCGCCAUGACAAGUUCCUUGUAUGUGAAAACAUACUUGGCAAUAAAAGGUUCUGAUGCACAGUAAACUAAAUUUUUGUACUUAACGCAAGUAUUGUAUAGCACUUAAAACAGAACUACAUUUGCAUGCUUGUGUACUUGCAGCAGAGCGUUUUACGUGUGUGUUUUAUCGUGCCCCACUGGCAUGGCAGCGGGGGUGUGUGUGUGUGUGUGCGUGUGUGUGUGCUGGCAUGCUUUUUGUUUGUAUGUAGAUGGGUUAUGGGGGUUUGGGUUUGGGUUUGGGCACAGGGGAAAUAAACCAGUGCCUGGCAGGAAAACAGCCUCUCCCCCUCCUCUUCUCUACCCCCACCCCCAACAGCCACCCUCUCAGUCUUUAUGUCUUUGAUCCAUCUAUUGUGCGAUGAUGCACCUCCAGCUGUGGGAGGCUGCGUCCAAAAGAAACACAAGAUUGCGGUGGUACAUGAGGAUGGAAGACAUUUGUUUAUUGAGAAGAAGCUCUACAUAUACACGGUGAAAUUAAAAGACAUUUUAAUUGACCCUAACUCAUUCAGGAGUGCUUGAAGUCAAAUGCCUUGAAUGAAGCUGCAUUAAAGCUCCCAUGUGUGGAAAAGUGUAGCAUCACUUCCACAUUUCUCAUAAUGUCCCUGCAUUUUGACUUGCUGUGCAUUUGAUACGCGUUGUUUGUAUUUAUGAUUACUUGUAUGUGCUUGUAGCGUACGUUUUUCUUUGAUCUACAGCUAUUUAUAACUGUAGGAUUUAUGGCAGCGCUCGCACAAACACUCACGCACCCUCAAAGACCGACAGAGGUGCAUUGUGGGGGAGGUUCACUGGCAUGCUCGGUGCCGUGCGAUUUGACAGAAAUGAAUAAGAAUGAAACGAGAAGAGAAGUGAAGUGUUGCCUCAUGUCAUCACUUCCUUCAAGCUUUUAAAAUUACCCAACUUGUAAAUGACUGAAGCAAUAUAACUUAUGGCAUUUCCAAAUCUGCCUCUUACUUUUUUUAAGUGUCCCUAGUCUGAAAUACGUAAGAGUGUAAAAAUGUAAGAUAACAGGCUUCCUUCAUCAGCAAAUUGGUUUAACAAAACUUCUGAUUCAGCAGUAUCAGAUGUGCACGUUUGGCUGAAAAGCAGGCGCUUUGAAGACGGCAGCAUUUCACUGUCCGUUUGACAGCCAAUCAGAUGUAAGCAUGUUCUCUUGUGGACCCUCCUUGUGCCCUCGUACCCUCAUCUUUUAGGAAAGUAGGUAGAUGGUUGUAAGUGGUGUAAAAACUGAGGGGGGGAGUGACAGAGGGAUGAGCAGAAAUGUGUGCGCAAGGAGAGGGUUGGGGGGAGGAAGGGGUGAGAGAGUGAGAUCAGGAAUCUGCUGAGUCAUCAUGACUGGUCUCAUGAUGAUCGCUCAGCAGCAGCAACAAUAGCCGCCCUUUAUCGAACACACAUACCCAGACACACACAGGUCUGAGAGAUGAGAGCCAGAUCAACGCACCACACAAAGCAUCUCAUUGAGAGCUUGUGGAGAUGCUCAUCUGUGGAGCUGUGCGCUCUCAGGACUGAUCUCAUCUUUUGCACUUCCAGGCUCCCCCUUUGUUAACUUCUCAUUCACCCUCCAUCCUUUUGUCUUUAGUUUCUCCAUCGGUAGAAAUGUGUAUACAUCAUUAUAUUUGGUUUGCCGUCAUUUUUUAUCCCUAGUAGGUGAAGGUCUAUAUCUGUUUUUCUACUAUCUGUGUGUGUGUGUGUGUGUGUGUGUGUGUGUGUGUGUGUGUGUGUGUGUGUGUGUUAGAGCGUUAACAGUUGGUUUUCCCCUGGAGUCUUUCCCACAUGAUUUACCACUUCCUCUUCUUUUUACGCUCAUUUCAUUCCUAUUGGCCUGAAGCCAACCAAUAGGAGAUCAACAUGACAAAGGUAGUGGGUACUGCAGUGUAACCACCAGGAAACAGGAAGUCAGGGAAAUGCUAAGAAAAGCUUGUGUCACUUUCACUCAUACACUGUGACACAGAUGCAUGGUCCUGUAACAUGCUCACACAACAGUGGAUUUAUAUUUGUUGUGUCUCCACUGAUCCUGGUCUGUUCAGAAGAGCAAGGCACUUGUGGCAUGACGACGACUAACAAAGGAAAUAAAGCCUUGAGGGUGAAGCGUGAGCCGGGGGAGAAUGGCACCACCCUCACAGACGACGAGCUGGUGACCAUGUCAGUGCGGGAGCUGAACCAGCACCUCAGAGGGCUCACCAAAGAUGAGAUCCUGCAACUGAAACAACGGCGGCGCACCCUGAAGAACCGGGGCUACGCCGCCAGCUGCCGGGUGAAGCGGGUCACCCAGAAGGAGGAGCUGGAGCAGCAGAAGACCCGGCUGCAGCAGGAGGUGGACAAACUCGCCAAUGAGAAUGCUUCGAUGCGAAUUGAGCUAGACGCUCUGAGGUCUAAGUACGAGGCGUUGCAGACCUUCGCCAGGACUGUGGCACGGAGCCCAACUGUCGGGGUCGGGGUGAGGGCUGGAGGGGGGGGAGGAGGAGGGGGUAUGGCGUCAUCAGUCAUUGGGCCAUUCAUACCGGGGAAGAUGGCAACAGCCACGAGUGUGAUUACAAUAGUGAAGUCAAAAACAGAUGCACGGUCUUGAGGGAGGGGAAGACGGAUGAGGGUGUGCCGGGAUGCAGUUCAGGUGUGACGGAGUAAUUCUUCCUCUCUGCUGGCCACCUCUCCUCCACCUGCACUGACGUCAAACAGCUAGGCAGUUGCCACCAUUUUGCCUCAGCAUGUUCCUGUCACCUGUCUCAGAUCAGUGCAGGUGAAAGAAAGGAUGUAGGCACAGGAAAAUGAUUGAGACUAUGAAGUUGGAAGUCCUUGGUCAGCGCAUGAUCAUUUAGCACAGGACAGAUACACGGCGUUCCUACUACGGUCACUGGAAGCCUGGGAAAGUCAGAGAAUUUGAGAUUAGUUUUAUUCCAGGCCAUGGGGGAGGGGGAAUCCAAAAAAUGUCAAUGCCCAAAAUACCCAAUCAUGCAAUUUUGUACAGUUGCUACUUACAUCAGUCAAGUUUUCAGUGUCAAGUUGUACUGCUGGUAGAUCAAGAUAUCUGUAAAGUCAUAAUAAUCCCGUCACACAUUUGCACACUAGAUUUGAAGACAACAUUUAAAUUCACUAGACCGACAAAAAUAUUCUAACACAUGCAUUGCAUAUGUAAUAGACAAAAAGAAAAGAUGGUAUUAAUGUAUUAGUUUUGGGUCCCUGAGCGCCAAAAUAAUUCACAAGAUUUCAUGUGACCUCUUGAUUUCAGUGGCUGAAGAGAAGUCCCAUUAUGCUCGACCCUAGCCAAGAACCUUUUUCACAAAAGAACUAUAGACAAAUAUAUAUUACACAAUGGUGGUAACUGUAUUUCUACUGUUUUGUACGGUGUUGUCAUUCACAUGAGGUCCAAAGUGUAUUCUCUGUGUGUCAACUGUUAUAUAUCAGGAAUUCUGUGAAAUUCUGUGGCGUGUUCGUUUUGGUAUUGCUAUAUUUAGUUAGCUGUAUUUUUUCUAUGGUCUCUUCACUUCCUAUGUCCAACUCUCUUCCUCUCACCUAUUUUAUCUCUGUCAUUCACUUUGUGUGAUUCCAACUGGUUCCCUUCAUUACACAUAGUACUUCUUGGAUCCAACAGAAAGAGGGGGGAUAAGGCAAUCGAUAUUUAGCCAAAAACAAAAGAACGUACUUUUUCAGGGAAAUGGCCAAUUGAACAUUUGAGCUCCUCUCAAAAGUAUAUUCAAUAAUUGGGAGGGCAAGUGCCUUGGUCUCCUAAUGAUAUGCGUCAAGAAGAAGGCAAGAGGACAUGGAUUGUGGGAGGACGGUGGCGAUUCAGUGCAGGUGUUUGCUUAUUAUACCUGUGCUUAAUGUGAAGCACUGACUAAUCAGGAAUCAGGUCGAGACAGCAUUUAACUGUGCGUUGUUGUAUGAGCUGUGUAGUAGCGAGAUUAAUUAUAUUAAGAACACCCAUUUGUGUGACUUGGCAGUUCAUUUACCGAAAGAAAAAAACAGAAGUGUCUGCAAAACAGCUUAAUUUUUUUGCACAGGACAUGCUUUUUGGUUAAUGUUCUAUUUUGAGUAAAAGUCCACAAAUCUGUUUUAUGUAAAUUACUUGGUUUGCAUGUUUAUGAGUUUGAUUGUCGACUGACUCAGACAUCUAGGUUAUUACACCUACAGCAACAUUCUGGCCUCAAAUCAAAGUGGUUUAUGUUGCAGUCAUCUUGCUUUUAACCACAAAGCUGUGUGAUUUGUGACAAUGCAUUUAGCCAGCAAAGAUAUUUCUCUGAAUUUCCAGUCGCACAAAUGGGAUGUCCUUUCACACAAGUUUUACCAUAAAAGUAGUCGUACGUGGUGUUCUAUACUCCAAGAAUCUGUGUCUAUGUAUGGUAUAGUCUGGAAUUUUAUAAAGACAAUUAUCUUUGCAUUGUUUGUAACAACCUGUAACAAAAGGUAUAACGAAAUCUGUUUGAUAUACAGUAUCUCUAUUUUGCAAUUGUACCAAAAGUGGCUUAACUACUGAAUAGCUUUGUUUUAACUCUAGUGACUAGGCACGUGUGUGUAACCGUGAACUAGCGUGUGGUGUGCUGUGUAGGUAUGUGACGAGGUAACUAUAGUGUUCACUAUUUCAUGGAUAUGACUUUGAUCCUUGUUUGAUUUCAGGCCAAAGCGGGUGAUGUCACUGUGGGUAACUGCACUCUUUCUCUAAUCAUAAGAUCUUUGUCCUUGCGGCCCCAUCGUUCAGCUCCAGCACUGCAGAUGUGUUAGAUCGGGUGCUUAUCUGCUCGUAAUCUGCACUCACAACUUGUACAAUUUAAGUUCACUUUGGCAGACCCAUUUUCUGCUUUUUUUCUGAACAGGUCCCUCUUGGUGUUAUUUUGGUCCUUGCAACGUUGCAAGCCUGUUAUUGCCGAUGGAAUGACCGAUGAGAGGAGGAAGUGUGAUGGUUAACCUCUCUAGCUUCUCCUGCUAUUGUGUAUUCAUCUGGCAACGGUAUCCGCGAUGUGAACCUCAAUAAUGGGCCCCGAUGGCUGCAUCUCCCCUCCUCUUUCAAUAAGUUAUUUUUGUAGUGUGUGAUGAAAAUAUAUUUGUUUUUGCUCUGUGUAUAUUUUAUAUAGUUCUGUAUAUAUAAUGUUCCUGUUUUGUUUUGUUUUUUAAUUGUUCUGUAAGUGUCAGGGAAGUGAAAAUAAUUUAAUGUAUUUGGUGUUUUAUGACGUGAAAAGAAAUGAUUAUGCUAUUUAAUGGUUUGUCUAUCAAAGAGUUAGGUUUACUUCACAAAGUACGAUUUCCUCAAAUUGUUUUUUUUACCUAAUGAAGACCAUGUCAUUUACCAAAAUAUCAUUAAUAUACAUUAUAACAGCAGUAGCCUACGUCCAUGCAGCCUUUUACCUGAACCACUUUUUUCCCACUGUGAAGUAAAAAGGUUAACUAGCCUACUGCUGUGCAGUUAUUAAGAGUAGCGAGGUAUGUCUGUAUCUGCACCCAACAUUUAUAUAAUAUCCAACAGGCGAACAAAGGCAUUGGAAGGGAAAUGGAAGUUUGAGAUUAAAAAAUAAGAUUUCUCCAUAAUCUUAACACUGGUUUGCAGGUUUAGUCUUCCGUGAAAUGGUGUCACGUCUAUCAUGUCACGGCAUAGGGAUAUACUCCAUGGUAUUCAGCGACAAGCAAAUAUAGGCAUCACACAGUCAGAAAGCUAUUAUUUUAUUAUCUACUGUAUUUUGUUUUGUUGCAUCCUGUCUGUAUUUCCAUUUGCUUGUAGAAUGAUGUUUCUUUGCUGGCAGGUCUUGUGCGGUGCGUGUGGUCAUGGUGGGAAAUGGGAAGAAACACAAGUGAGUUUCGGUUGUGUCAAGUUGAAGCAGAAUACGAACCUUUCCUGUGUUUGUCAAAGUGUACAUACUGAAUGUGCCACUGGCAAAGAGUGUGUUUCCAACCAGUCUGUAUUUCUAGGCUCCUCUUGUUUAAAAUGGAUGCGUACUGUGUGAGCAUAAAUGUGUCAAUAUGGUGGCUGCUGUUUAAUAGACAUUUCCAAUUAUGCAAACUGUGUGAGGCAAAAUUAGAACUCCUGCCACACAGGAGCAGUGAUACCUUCGCGGUGGUUGUGUCAAGUUGUCUGUUUUGUAAUUGCAGGUACUUGUGUGAUGUGACAAGGUUAUAGAGCUUCUAUGCGGAGCGUUUAGCAAUUUGUUCUAGGUCAUAAAUGCCAGCUCCAGUUGGUCUCUGUUUAAAUCUGGCUUAUCUGUGUCACUUAACAAAUGACUGUGAAAACAUAAAAUCAAAUAGGUUUUAUCCAUUUCUAAUUGAGAACACGGCAAAGUAGCUGCAAGGCGUGCAGUCAAAGUGAAGAAGAUAAUUAUGAGUGUCUUCCAGACUUGUACAUGUUGUGGUUGUUGUAUUUCUCCAGUGUGAAGGUGUGUCGGGUCAGGUUAUUAUUACACAAAUGAGGUGAAACAUUAUAGAAGUUUCUUCCUCAUUUUUCCAUGCAGACAUGAUCAGCUGACCACUAGUGACCAUUAGCAAUUAUCAGAAGACGCAGCUCGUGGUUUUUCAUAACAGAGUUUAUGAGCUUGAAAGACACGCUGACCUUUUUCCCACUGCCUGUAAAGAGGUCAUAACCUCCUUAUGAAAAGACAUCUCUUCUCAAACCCGAGCAACAGCUCUUAAACCACAUCUAUAAAUAUUUUAGAGGCAGAAAGGAGUGAUGGAGACACUUCUGAUAAAACCCUUUCCCACUCCACAUAUCCCAUCCUUUUUUACAAAGUGUCAGCGAGUUAACUCAGCAGGCUGCCGAGCUCUCCUUCAAAAACAUCCAAUACUUCUAGAAGAUGCAAAUCAUUAACUUCUUAUCUUUCUGCUUGGCUGAUUGGUAUGUAGUCAUUCUGUGGUUUUCCUGUGUAGUGAAUCACGCCACUGGACUCUAAAAGCCCUUUCACCCACCUCCAAUGCCGAUCGAUGAGAGUAAAUGAACCAGAGGUUCCUUUGAUUGUUGGUUUGGUGUUUUCAUCAAUAAUGUUUGUCUUGGACCUCCUUCUGCUGCUCUCUCUUGCUUUCUCUGCUGUCCCGGCCCUUAUCAGUUGCACAGCCUCUCACAUACAAUUCGUAAGAGUUUUGGUUUUACAUUAUCAUAUUUACUUUUUUGUAUCAUCUUGUUGUAACAGUCUCCCUCUCUAAUUUCACUCUAGGUCAUAUUUUUGUUCCCCGUCAAACCACUUGUGUCUACUGGUGAGCAUUUGGCCAGCUUACUCAUGGGUAUCAAGUAUCAGUUUAAAGCUAUAGAAAAGUAGUGAGCCCUUGUAAUGGGACAUUCUGUGUUUUGUAAUAUUUCUGUAUGGGGUGUAAUAAAUUAUUCUAUAUAGUACUUUAUAUGGGAAAAUACUUCAAAUGUGACAGUCUUUGUAAGUAUUUAUCUUCAACUAAAUUAUUGUACUUUUUUUUUUGGCAAUUUGUAGAUACGUAAGUGAUGAUGACAAAGUAUUGGUAAUCAUGAAAUUAACUGUUUCAUCACCGGUCUGAUGCAUCUUUUAAUUUAUUGAUGUAUAUACUGUAUGUUUGUUGAUAAACAGCUUACUUUAUUUUGUAUAUGACCAAUAAACAUGUUUUGAAAUGGAAAA